UCUGUGACUUCGUUCGUUUACGUUUGAUUUGAAUCACAUGUGCUAUUUCGAUACAAAACAAAUUAUUUAAAUUAUAGAAAUUAAUAAUGUCUUCCUGCAAAGUAAAACCUAUAAUAGUAAACUUAAAUAUUGGUGACCAAUUGACGUUAAUUUCAUGCGGACAUGUGAUAGUAGAAUUGAUUAAAUUUAUUGCAUAUCAAAGACUGCAGAUACCUUACACCUAUCAGUGGUUGAAACAAAUAGUAAAUAAGAAAAAAAUGUGUGAAGACCAAGAUAAAAAAGAUAGUUUCCAGUCGGAGAGACAUUUUCUUACAGCUUCGACUGCUUUAGACAAUUUAGAUUAUAUUCUAAAGAGCAUUUUACAAGAAAUGAGUGGCUCAUCAAUACCAGAAGAAGUUUGUAUAGCAUUAGGAGCCACACCCAUGACUUGUAGAGAGAUGUACCGACUGAUUCUCCCCACCCUGUGCCAUAAACCCCAGUGCCAUUCACCCCACAUAGCAUCUGAUCAAAAGAUACAACGCAAUGUUUUCAGAACAAUGGUGACAUCAGAAUCAUUGAGUCAAGUAUUUUUUGACUCUAUACCACCAACAAAUAUGCACAUAUUCAUCAGGAAGAAAUCGUUGAACAAUCAAGAUACUCUCAACAGUGACUGUUUUGAACCGACUACAGGGUGCAGAAUACCUAGAAAGACCAAGGUUGUGGUCAUGAAUUUUCAGACUGAUAACCAGGAAAAUGUUUCUUGUUGCAAUGAGUUUGAAAUCUUUGGUGAGAGUGGCAAUGUUGAUAAUUUAAAACCAAGGAGAGAAAUAGAUUUUGAAGAGUUUGAGGAAAUAGAAUCAACUGAUACAAUGAAGUGGUACCAGUCCACAUAUGUGAUGAAAGGGUUCAAAGACUGUGUUGUUAAUGGUGCAUCAGUAACUAAUUCAUGGAAUGAUUCUUGAUGAAGUUUGAUUUAUUUAGGCCAAUUUACAUAGUAUAAUCUGUUCUUAAGAUAAUAUUGCUCAAUUUUCUGAUUGAAAAAAUGAAGAAAAGGUAACUAUGAUUACCUAUUUUAAUUUACUCUGCAAAAUACACUAUACACUUGAAUAUUUUUAUCACAGUUUUAAUGUUUCCUAAAGCUAUAUGUGCUGUGUAUGCAUGUGCCUUACUUACAAUAAAGAAUUGAUUUAAAUUUAUUAAUGAUACUGAAAUACAGAGGAGAUCCAUGAAAUCAUAGUGUGUCUAAUAUUGAAUGAUUGUAAGUUGUCUAAAGAAAGAUAUUUUGUAAGGAUAUAUGGACUUAAAUCGUAAUUGACUAGACUGACAAUGUAGGCUUACUGGCAUAUUGCAUAAAAAAACUAGUAACUAGUAGUUCCAAACUUAAAAGUCUGUGUGGCUGAUAUGUUUAAAAUCAAGAUACUGGCCAAUUUAAUGGCCAGUUAUAUUCAUUGUGCAUUUUUAUAUACCCAUGAUGUUCAUGCUUUUUCGUUUUUUACUUAACUUCUGUUGAAUUUUAUUUUACUGAUAAGUAAUAAUUUUAGUUUACCAUAGUUUACAAUGUUUGUGCCAUGACAGUAGAUA